CUGCCACCAACCGCCACCAUGCGUUGUAUCCUCAGCUUCGCCCUCGGCCUGCUCACCCUGGAGGCAGCCCUGGCAGUGGACCUGGACUCCAGCUCCUCAGCUAAGGCCAUGUGCCCUGACUUAAGCUCCUCUGAGAAGAUGUCCUGCAAACAAGUGAAGGCCUGCGCCACCAACCAGGACUGCUCCGGCAAUGCUGUGUGCUGCCCCAGCCCCUGCGGCCGCUCCUGCAGGACCCCAGUCUACAACAUCCAGAAUAUGCGCAACUGCCCCUGGGUGCAGCCGGACCUGACACCCAAGGUGUGCAAGUUCCAGAAUGAUUGCGCCAAAGACAACGACUGUACCAACAACAAGAGGUGUUGCUUUGAUGGGUGCAACAUGCGGUGUAUGGGCCCCAAUGCAGUGUCCCCUGCAGAGAAUCCCCUGCAGUGAGAAGCCGCGGGGCUCCCUGCCUGCCUGAACCUCCCCUCCUGGGUCA